AUUGUGGGUCAAGUUUCCAACAACUCUAAGGUAGAUCUUCCUUGGGGAUUUCUUUACUUGUGUUAUUUUCCCCGACUUGUAUCACUUGGGGUGUUCGAGUUGUCCUAUGAUGAGCAUCUAUAGGGACCUUAAGUUUGCCGCGUCAACAGUUAAAUUUAGCUGGGCUCUCUUUGCUUCGAUUAUGGUGGGUUCCGAGUCGUUCGCGAAUUGUAGCGUUUUUCUAGAGCUGUUAAUGAGUAAGACUCUGCUCUGUCGCCUCACGACGUUUUAGUUAGGAUACAGGAAUUGAGGACCGGCUCGCAAUUCUCAGUCUUAAGAAUCACGACGAUUCAGAAAAUUUACUGGAAAUGAGGCGAACGAUUUUGUAGAAGUUUUUGCAAGUGAAGUAACGAUCCUUCCCAGUGCUGGCAACCACAAUACAGGGAGUUCGAAGGUUAAACUGAAAAAUGUUGUGGAUUACUCAUGGGAAGAGCGUUUCUAUACUGGUCAGCUGCUCGAUGUACACAUGGGCGGAGUCUAUGUUGCAUAUGGAAUCAAUUCAACUGCCAAAGGUGGAAUUGUGAGAGUAAUAAGUAAUAAAAGCCAACAGCGAGGACUUAUCAAAGGAUUGAACGGCCUCGUCGACGACAUCGCCUUCGCCCACACGGCUCAACAGGUCAUGCUCGCCUGUGUGGACAAAACCGGAAACCUGUUUGUCAAUUUGAUAAACGAGAGUAAAGAUGUAGGAAUUACGUGCUCAAGAGUCCUCUGGGUUGAACCGGAUGAAAAUGCGAGAAAUGGAAUACCUUCUCUUUGCCACCGUGUGAUAUGGUGUCCAUACAUUCCUGAUGGCGAGCCAGGUUCUGAUUAUAGCGUUGCUGAGUUAAUGGCAGUCACACGUGGAAGUAAGAUUGAAUUGUGGAAUGUGGGAAUGGUAGCCAAUCAUCAUCGAUCUGGACCAGUAAGGCCAGGGGAGCACAUCGAAGGUUUCAUUGAAAUUAACGAACACUCUCAGAUGAUCGUGGAUGCUGCCUUCUCUCCUGAUGGAACAGCAAUUGCAACAGCUAGCAUGGAUGGAGAAGUCAAGUUCUUUCAGGUCUACAUGCAAGAUAAGUCCAAGGCAAGGUGCUUACAUGAGUGGAAGCCACAUGACGGAAAUCCAUUAUCGGCUUUGUUCUUUAUGGAUAAUCACAAAAAUUGUAGUAUCGAUGUUCAGUUUUGGAAGUAUGUCAUUACUGGCUGCAAUUCGAAUUCAGAGUUGAAGCUGUGGGCCUGUCAGACGUGGGAAUGUGUGCAAACCAUUCGUUUCCUGCCAAGGCCAGAGACAAGUAUGCGAGUUCAGCUGAAAGCUGCAGUAGAUCGCAGCUCUGAUUACCUUUUACUAUCCAACAUGAAGCAACGGGUGCUGUAUGUACUACGUAUUCAAAAAGAUUCGGCCCAAACAAACUGUUUCAUCCAGUCGGUGUCAGAAUUUCCUCUGCCUUAUCCAAUAUUGAGUUUUGCCAUAUUGGAUGCUGAAGUGCGCAGAUUCAAAUCUAAUUCAUCAUUCACAUUGGAUGAUCAGUGCAAUGGCGACGAAGACGAUGACAAGCAGGAACAGGACAAUCAGUCAGCUGUCCUCAUAAAAAUGUAUCUCGUUCAACCAAAGUCUCUACAAGAGUGCAACAUUCUUUUCCAAACACGUCAAAAAUCAAUUGAUGGUCGAUCUGGGUCACAAAAUUCACUUGGAUACAAUGAGAACGAUGAGAACGGUGUUGGCGUGGGCAUUGGUGGUGAGCAAGUGUCGGUGGAAAUGGCAGCAGCUGCAGUGGCUCUGCCUUCAAUGCCAAUGCCCAACCACUCACCCAUGCACAUCAACCUCAUCACCCCCGAUGCCUUUGACGCCAGCUCAAACACUUUGGUUGGAUCUAUUCCAUCUGUGAAAAUGGAAGAAGAAACGUCGUUCCACGAGACUGUCAACAAGCUAUCCAAUUCAACAACUCCUUUGCCAAAACCUGAUUUACCAUGUGGAGGAGUUGUUGCAUUUGCUAGUGGUGGUAGCAGUCCAAGCCGGGAAGUCCAAGAAAUAUUUUCAUCGCAAGAACCUCAGAGAGGUUCAGAGUAUUCAGAGUAUCCAGAAGCAGAUGAAAUGCUCCAAGUCAGCGACCUUGAAAUAGACUUGACAAGUGUCAACAACCGCAAUAUAGAUUUGAAAUCUGUCAACAACCUAGAUUUGAAUAUGUCAACUGGAGUCAACCACCAAUUGGAUAUGACAUCAAGGGAAAUGAGUCCAAGUGAGUCAAAUUGGUCUUCUUCAAUUCCUAAUAUGAUGUCCGAGAAACAACUGAACAAGCCAGAGAUGGAAAAUCCUGAAAGGGCCAAUGGACAGAUUCACAGUUUUUCAGUGGACCAAACUGACAUGAAGAAUAUUGCAAACAGUUUGGCUUUGAUCCAAAGCACUAUUGCUAAGCAACAGAAUGAAAUAAAGUGUUUGCGGGAGGAGGUUCUUAGGUUGAAUAACCCACGAGAAUUCGAAAAAGUUUUGAGCCGUAAAUUGAACCAGCAAUGUGGUGUAAUCGAAAAAUCACUAACAGGUUUAUGCACAAAAGAAGACAAUAAGAAGAACCAAGAAUCAUCUAUUUCUGCAAUUUCACAAGCUAUUAAUAAUCUGAUAUCAUCAAAACUAGACGAUAUUGUUGCUUCUGAAAUUAGUAACAGCAUUCUGCCUGUAAUCGUCGAAACCAUGGAAAAUUUGAAGCAAAAUUUGCACAUAGAUAUGACACAAAAACUGAGUGCAACAGAUCAUCUAUUGAAAGAGAACAUUAAUAAAAUGGUCAGCAGCAAGUCAGUAACGGAUGCUCUUAGCAACUCAUUGAGUCGAACUCUGACACCGAUGCUAAGUGAAACUCUUCGUGACUUCUUCAUGAAUGUCGCGCUACCAAGACACGAGAAAGCCAGUGCAUUGAUGUUCAAUCAACUCAACGACGCAUUCUCCAAAGGAACAAGAGAGUAUCUUGCUGCACUUGAGAAUCACGCGAAAAAAAUAUCCGAAAAGGGGAAAGAAUCAGCUGCUCAGAUGCAAUCGACUGCUGAACACGUAAAGAACUCUGGCCUACGAAUGUCAAAUGAUCUGAAUGAAACUACUAAAAGGAUUGAGAAAAUAGUUGAAGAAGCAUUGCGAGUGCAGCAGUCAGCCCUGGAGCAGACGCUGAUGACUGCAGUCAGAUCGGGAGCCUGUACGCCUGCUCCUCACUCCACUUCUCCUUAUCAAUUGAAACUUCAACAAAUCAAAGAGUGCUUACAAAAUGCUAAUUUCGAAUCAGCAUUUGAAAUUGCGCUACAAUCUGGAAAUUUGAAUUUAGUUGUGGCUACUUGUGAAAAGGUGAAUCCGAAUAGAAUGUUCAAAACAAAGCCUUGUCUUCUCAGCCAAAAACUACUGCUCUGCCUCAUUCAGCAGCUGGGGAAUGACUUGACUUCACAUACUGAACUUAAAAGAAAGUACCUGGAGGAAGCAGUCAUUUCUCUGGACUUCAAUAGCGAAACAACACAACAGUACGCCUUGGAAGUACUAAACAAACUUCAAAAACAAUUGAGUGCAUAUAUUGCCUCAAAUCAGGACAGUGAUUUUGCCAGAAGUUUCCAGAUUCUUCUAAUGGCUGUUCAAGCAACAGCCAAUAGCACAAAUUGUAAAUAAUGUGGAAUCGCCAACCGUGAACAUUAAUUAAUGCCACCGUGCUGUGACGGACAUGAUAGUUCAUUGCAUCAUUAAUUUCUUAUUAAUUACCAUAAUUAUUUUUCAAACUGAAAAAAUUAGAAUUAUUCCGAGUAUGCUUGAAAAAUGACAGAAUUCUUGUUUGUGUAUAAAAAUGUACAUAUCCUUCACUGAACCAGGACAUACGUCUGGUAAUUGUUGAUAAUCACUACAAUCUCUUUGAAAAUCUCUUCAAGAGACCAAGACUGACGCGUACUUGUAUAGUCGGUAAUAUUUUGAGAUCCUUUAGUGAAUUUAAACUAAACACUCUAUUUUAACUUUGACUUGUGAUUACUUCAUCAAGUUUUAAAACUGACGAACUCAGUUGGAUUGUUCCCUUCUCUCUUUUCAGUAACAAUCUAUUAAUUCAUUUAUAUUUAUUUUUUACUUCAAUAUUAAAAACUUGUGAACACUAGCAAAUUUGAAAAUUGCAAUUCACUGUGAAUUGUGUUCAUAAACAAUCUCUUUUUAACUGUAUGCUUGAUUUUUGAAGAAUUCUAGAUCUUUCAAUUUUAUUCGAUAUUUUGGAACUAUGAUCUGCACUACUUGUGUAUGUCUUGAUUAAAAGUCAUUUGCAUCUGAUGUAAAUCUGAGGUUCACCUCGAAGUUUCACUUUAUCAAUACAUGGUGCAGGCUGCUAUCUAUUAAUCUGGUUGCUAACCGGGAAUAAAAUGUAAUUGGAGUUAUUAGUUUUGUCAUAUUUUUUCAAGUCAAACUCGACUGUAGAAACGGAUGAGUUCCUACGCAUAUUUUUUCUAUAACGAUUUUUGCUUUGACAUGGUAGGUGUUCUGCUGAUAAAAUUAUUUCCAUAGGUAUUUUUUGUAUUUUAAGGCAUUGUACAUAAAAAUUGAAUGAUUUAUUACUGUAAUGUGAUCAAUUUAUUUUUAUACCGCAAAUUAUUAAGGCAAACAAUUACAAAUUAAUAUUGAGCUUUGUGAAUGAAUUUAUCAUUUUCAUCUUCGAAAUAUUUAGUCUUGAAUUCAUCCUAUUAAUUUAAUUAUUACUGU